ACCAGGAGAGACAGCCCUACCCCUGGAGAGGGAGGGGACGGUACAACGCUGAGUGGAGUAUCAAACCCGCUCAAGAGGAUGCUGGGAGAACCGUGUUGGGGAGUUUGCUGGUGGUAUGUACUGCAGAAGACUAUACAACACCAAGCUGGCUUCUGCUCACAAGGACAAAUUCUCUGCCUUUAAGGUUUAUGAUCGGACACACAACACUAGGAUCCAGGCGCUUAUAAUGGACCUUGGAGAUACCCCCGACCCAGAUUCCCCCAGCGUGGGAACCAUCCCCAACGGUAACCCCGACUUUUACGCGGCAGUAGAUGACGACGAAGACGUGGACUUACCCUACGCAGACUGUGAUCAAGGAGCCACAGGGAGUGAUAAGGAUAUCCUGACGACCACAGUGAAGUCUCAUCACGACUUUGAGGUGGACCCCCAGACGUGUUGGCCCUGUGUGGGGUGUCAGGACGAUGAGGUGCCCGCCACUAUGAGGUGGUGCAGCGUGAUGUGAGCUGCACGUGGGGGAUAAGAGCUGCACGUACAGUACAAUCCGCACGUGCAGAUUGUACUGCACUUGCAGAUUUUACUGCACGUGCAAUAGAUAAAUAACAUUAGCAGAGUCGUCAGAGAUUAAUGAAAAAGCAUCACAAGGAUCUCGCUAAGUCGCUACGAAGCUAGUAUAAUCAGGAUGGAGAAAAAUAAUUUUAUCAGACAAAUGUUAGUCGUUGAAAAAACACGGGAUAGCGAAUUUAAAAAAUCUUAUGUGGGUUAUUAUGUAAAUUCGGACGUGACCGCCGUUUUUUCCUGGCGUUUUUCAUUCUUAACAGUUACGUUCAGUUACACCAACAAUAAUGCAACAACUCUAACUAUCUCGGCAAUGUUGUUACAUGCGUCUAUGCGUAUUGUGUACAUUUUUGAUGAAAUUCUAUGCGGUGUGCAAUGUUUUUAAAACGAUGACUAUAACUAAGUAAGUGUAUCUUGGAGUCAAUAACAGUACUUGGACGUCUUUAAAGAUUUGUUUAAUAGAGUAGUUCCAGAAGCCCAAUUUGUUCAAAUCUUUCUGAACCUUAAAGCUAACAAUUAGGCGCCUUGGCUGAAAACCAACAUAGAAAAAUAUUUUGUGUCCAGAUAGGACCCUGAGAGUAAGUAAGUGCACUAUUAAUGUGCUUACAUUUACAAGGUUAACUUUAUAGUCUCAUAUCUCUACGACCUUACCGUCAACCUGUCUCCGCGCUUCAACCUUUAAGGUGCAGUUGCGUCUCGCAACUAUUGAUCAUAGAGACUGGAGAGAUUCGUCAAAUUAGUUGCGUAUUAGUGGGGUUGGAAAAACUUAAUUUUUUCCUUCUAUGAUUGAGCUGAACAACUGCACUGCACAGGCAACAUAUAACUGCAGUGAAUGCGGAAUGGCACUAUUGAACUAUUGACCACACUUUUCUGCAAAAUUGGCCGAUUUUCGUUUUAUCAGAUUUUUGCAGUGGAUAUGUUAACCUAAACAAUCGUGUAAACUGUAAUGCAACGUUGCAUACUACGCUGUUGAAUAGUCCAACUUUUAAGCUUACAUUAGGUUGAGACAGAUUUGAGAAACUUUUGGUUUUUUGACCAUUUUAAGAAAAUUUAUUUCUCAAGAAACAUUUCUCUUCCUUAUGCGAUGGCAAGGAGAUAGCUUGAGGGCUUACACUUACAGAAGAGAAAUUGGCAUGAUGCCAUGAUUUGGAAAUUGCCUUUAUUUUCUUGCUUACAGAUUCUCAGAUUGAGUAGUAAAAUUUACUUACACUGUAAAUUUGAGAAUUUCAAGAUAAUUAAAAUUAUAAUAAUUAAUACUAAUUUGCUAUGAAACUAUCGUAGAUAAAAUUAAUGUAUUUCAAUUUCAUUUCAUUUUUAACCAUGUGUACGCAGUAAAACAACA